CGGAAUACUUCCAACUCCAAACCACCCAUCAACCAACAUCUCUGCCGGUACCAUCCCUCCCUCUUCAGCUCGUGUUAUGGUGUGCCCUUCCAUCAGAAACCUUGAGGAUUGGCUAAAGGACUUGUCGCGAUGGCGCGAAAGGUGCCACAUGUGGAUUCACCAGGAGUGGGAGAACAUGUGCAACGACCCAGUUGCAUGGAAAGAAGGCGAUAUGCCUGGAUCCAACGCAGGCAUCGUGUCAAGCUACAAAGACCUCGCCUCUCUCCGUAAUUGGAGAAUUAUGAAUCCUCCCGAUAACUUCACUGUCGGUGCACAGGGUGAUAGUAUAGAGGUCGGCCAGCUCCAGUGGAGGCCCAAGAACGUCCGCCUGUCAGAUGCAGGUGUCAUUUAUGCCUUUUUGACAUUACCCGCGGAUUAUCGAAUCCAUUACCUGACCUACGAUUUUGAUCACCAAGCACAUGUACGCAAAGAACGAGUUCUUAAAGCACCCACCGUUACCUGCUACCAGAAUAACCUGCGGACGCUUGUCACAUGUAAAGGCGUCUAUGUCUUCACAGGGGGUUAUAAUGAUGCUGGAUGGUUGCUAGCCGACGAUUACCCAAACAACCUACCAUUCUUCCAGGCUGGUCUGGUGGUUGCACCAUCUCAUGUAAAGACCUUUGAUACCCUUAAUGUUCAGUUGGCCAAAUACGAACCAAGAAAUUCCUUCCUCCGCGAGCCUGGUUUUACGGAAAAUGCAUGGAAGCGUGGCGAUCGCGACAAUUCAACAGGACCAAUGGCCUUCCAGAGUCUAGAAGAACAAUUUGUCGAAAGAUAUAUAGAGUUCAAAUGGCAACCCAGUGAUUUUAUCAACUUUGGGCAUAUUCCGAUUCGCACAAAAAUCAUUGAAAGCAACAAGACAGAAGCCGUUACUACGCGCCAGAAGCGCAAAAGGACAGAGAGCGGCAAUGAAUCUCGAGAGUCUUUCCCAUGCUCAUCGCAAUUAUCAGCGUCUGGGACUGAAGUGAUAACUGAGAGAAAGCUGGACAGGCCAGUUGACAAUUCUGAUGACUAUAUUUCUUUCAAAACACUUUGGGCUGAGCUAGCAGCCAUUGAAUCAUCUCCCAAAUACAUGGAGCUAUUUGCAACAGUCAGUAUGAUGGAAAACAUGUAUCAGAUCUGGCGUCACAACCGUAUGGCUGUUAGGAUGGUCCAACACAAUGCCUCACCAUCUGAUGCCACUCUUGUCCUUGACUUGAUGCAAACUCUAAGCCCAAGGCUUAUUUUUUUGAUUAUGGGUGUCGACAAAGACACUGGUCGCAUUGCUCUUGAAAAUGCUUUUAACUACAACUCUGCCAUGAUCUCGUUUAAACAGCAGGUUGAUCUCCUUGAGGAGGGCGUUGUUAAACAUGCCUACAUGAACUGUUACUCCUACUUCUGGGAACUCGCCACCCCCAAAAUUGAGAUCCGACAACCAUUUAUCAAGUUGGAACGAGAAGAGGGAAGCGACAGUGGUCUUCGCAGCCAAGACCCUCGGCAGUGCACCGAGAUCCAAGGGAUGAACUUUCGGCCGUCGCAGGCAAGUUUCCCCCAUUUCAUGCAGCAAGGAUUGUGA